GUCCCGGCUCCUGUGAUCCUAUUAACUGGCAAUCGCUCUGGGCCAAGUGACCCAGCAGUGGGCUUCCCCGCACGUUGCCUUUUUCAAUCUUUGCACCUCGAAGGAAAGGAAAUGGAGGCUAUGACAGAUUAGAUCUUGCCCAAGGACUCAGAGCCGGUAUUGCAGAAGUCCCCUCCUUGCAAGGAGUUUCCCCACUUUACCCCAACUGUGAGACCUUGAACAAGAAAACCUUUCUGCGCCAGACAGCGAGGCCGCCCACAGGAACCGUGUGGUUUGCAUGAACACACCCGUGCUUGAUGCACUACACCCGAAGGUUGGGCUCGCUGUGACAGCCCCCCACGGGCUGGGCUGGCUCCUGCUUCUGGACCCAUCCCCAGCCACGGUGAGGCCUUUGCACCUGACCCUUCUGCCUGGCGCUCGCCCCAGUUCUCAGGGCCACCUCAUCCCUUCGAGCUUAUCUCAGUCUGGAUCGACUCGUUUAUUUACUCUGUGUGUUCGCGCGCUCUAAACUUAGGUUCCGGAGAAGCAGGGCCAGGCCUGCUCCCUCUCGCCACGCCAACCGGCGGCGGGGUCCCGGAUACCGUGCAGUGAACAAGUGGCACGUGGACACAGAGGUGAGUUCGGAGUCCACACGACCCCGCAGGGGUGCAGCCACCAGGCCCAGACCGCUCGGCUCCGCAGUGUGAGCGCGGGCCGGACUCGCCCACCUCACUGGCCUGGCUGCGCGGGAAUACCGCGGGUCCCCACAGUCCCCGCGGCCAGGAACCAACCGGCAGCCGGCCGGCCGCGUGCGUCGGCACAGAAAGCGCGCCUGCGCUUCCGGUAGCGGUGCACCAUGGGACUUGGAGUCCUCCCACGGCGACGGCCACGUCCGCCGCACAGAGAUGUGUGGCGGGAGUCGCGGCCGCGCUGCAAGCUCGCUCGCCCCGCCAUCCCAAGAAGGUCGGGGGACACUCGUCCCCGCGUGGUACAGGAAGGCGGCCCUGGAGCUGCCCUUCGCCUUUGCUGCCGCGGGACUGUACGAAGCGAGGCCUCUCCGCCUCCGCCGCCUGGGCGCCGUGUGACGUCAUUCGGAGGCGCCCUCGCGGCGCGGCACGCGGAUCCCGGGGGCUUCUGGGUAGCGGAUUACCCCCGCCCCCCGCGCCUGCGACUUCCUUUCCGUCCCUGACGCCGCCGAGGUCGCACGCGUGAGGCUAGUCCGCCGCCGAGAUGCGCUACGUCGCCUCCUAUCUGCUAGCCGCCCUCGGGGGCAAUGCCUCCCCCAGUGCCAAGGACAUCAAGAAGAUUCUGGACAGCGUGGGCAUCGAGGCGGACGACGACCGGCUCAACAAGGUCAUCAGUGAGCUGAACGGAAAAAACAUCGAAGACGUCAUUGCCCAGGGUAUUGGCAAGCUGGCCAGUGUGCCUGCUGGUGGGGCGGUGGCCGUCUCUGCUGCCCCAGGAUCUGCAGCUCCCGCUGCUGGUUCCACCCCAGCUGCAGCAGAGGAGAAGAAAGACGAAAAGAAGGAAGAAUCAGAGGAGUCGGAUGAUGACAUGGGAUUUGGCUUGUUUGAUUAGAGUCCUGCUCUCCUGCAAAUAAAACCCUUUUUACGUA